AUGAUCGCGCUCGCGGGUUUAAUCAUAUUCAUCGUCCUCGGAGUCUCCCUCGGUGUCGGGCUCGGCGUGGGUCUUCCAGAGCACGCCUCCCAUACAUCCACCGUCACUACCUCCUCGGCAUCAAGUUCGAGCGAUGUGAGUGGCAGUGGCCUACAAUCCUGGCAACGCGACACAGCAACCGAGUACACCCUCGACUUCACCUCCUGGAACACCACCUCCACCCCCCAAAUCCGCACAUACAACCUAACCCUCACCAUGCUUUCCCCCUCCAACUCCUCUUCUGACUCCCAACCCGCUCCAGACGGUGGCCCAGCGCGUCCGAUGCUCCUCAUCAACGGCGAAUAUCCCGGCCCACUAAUCCGCGCAAACCUGAACGACACACUACAGAUCACGGUUAAUAAUCAGAUCGCGGACUGGCCAAUAAGCAUGCACUGGCAUGGCCAAUACCAAAACUCCACGCCUUGGUUCGACGGCACGACGGGGAUAACACAAUGUCCCAUCCCACCCAACGCGUCGCUAACGUACGACUUCACCGUUGGCCGUCCCGGGACGUUUUGGUAUCAUGCGCAUACGAGUAGUUUGUAUAUUGAUGGAUUGGUGGGGCCGUUGGUUGUGCAUGAUGGGGUUGAGGGAGAGGCGAGGGGGGAGGGGACGGAGUACGAUUAUGAGCAGGUCGUGCUUUUGUCGGAUUGGUAUCAUAGGUGGAGUACGGAUCUCGUUGCGAGUUACUUGGUGCCGGAUAACGAGAAUGUCGAACCGAUCCCCGACGCCGGACUCAUCAACGGCAAAGGCCUCUUCAACUGCUCCUCGGAUGUCUUCCUCUCCGCCCUCGACUCCGGCUCCGUCUCAGCCUGCAUCUCCACCUCCCAACGCAUGGGCUACCCCCUCCUCACCCUCAACGAAGGCCGUACCCGUCUCCGUCUCAUCAACGUCGGCGCCUUUGCCGAUUUCUGGGUCGGGAUGGAUAAUCACCCACUUACUGUCAUCGAAGCGGACGGAACGGAUGUUGAGCCUCUCAUUGUUGACCGAGUUCCUAUUGCGGUGGGGGAGAGGUAUAGUGUUGUUGUUGAUACGACGGGGGAGGCGGCGGGGUUUUGGUUUAGGGCGGAGAUGAAUGUGAAUUGUUUUGGGGAUGUGAAUGAGGUGCUUGAUCCGAAUAUUUUGGCUGCAGUUCGAGUUCUUCCGGCUUCGGCGUCGAGUAUGGAAAGCACGGUGGGAUCUACUCCGGUUAAUUGGAUCGCGGAGACGACUACCGGUUUACCGACGACGGAUGCGUGGGCGGGGACCUGGACGGGUCCGACAUGUCGGGAUCUGGAUCUGAGUCAGCUCGUGCCCGCGGUGGUGGAGCAAGCUCCUGUUGCGAGUCGGUUGUUGACGAUUGAUGUCUCUUUCCAGAUCGGUGCGAAUGCUGUUGAUUUGGGGUAUAUGAACUCGACGGCGUGGGUACCGACGGCAUACACCCCCACACUCUCCGCAUUCGCCGGGAACGGAACGAAUCAAACGAGUGUUGACGCAGAUGAGGAGGGGUGGAUUGUUGGGAUGGAUGAGGUGGGUUGGAAUGCCAAUAAACAAGGUCAAUGGGUCAUCCCCAUCUCCGACGGACCCCCAGAUGAGGGGCGGGAAAUCGAAGUCAUCGAUCUCGUCAUCAACAACCUCGACGACGGCUCCCACCCCUUCCACCUCCACGGCCACCAAUUCUACAUCCUCGCUCAAGGCCCUGGGGCACUCCAGCAAGAUCCCACGUACUAUACCUCUCUAACUGCAAACCACACUCUCCUCUCUAAUCCGAUGCGGAGGGAUACAGUUACGGUUGAGAGUUAUGGGCAUGCGCUGAUUAGGUGGGUUGCGGAUAAUCCGGGGGUGUGGGCGUUUCAUUGUCAUAUUGCAUGGCAUGUUGCGGCCGGGUUGAUGGUGCAGUUUGUGGAGAGGGGGGGGUUGUUGGGGGAGUGGGAUGUUCCGGACGAAGUGGCACAGUUGUGUGACGCUGGGGGGUGGAGGCCGGAGGUUGAGAUUGGAGGGUGA